GCGGCCGCCGCCGCCGCAGCGCGGCGCGUGGUAUCGUCGCUGGGCACCGAGGCCAGCUACGUCACCUUAGGCCAGGCCGGUGCCCAGCAAAGUUUCUUGGCUGAGUGCCCCGAAGAGAAGGCCUUCCAACUGGUCCCGCACUGGGCGGAAAGCGGCCUCGGUGGCAGCGACCUGCCGGGGGGCGCAGACGUGGAGGAGUGCGAGGCCAUCGGCGGAUACCUGGGCGAUGCCUUCGUGGUGCUCGCGGAUGCGCCAGAGGAGACGCUGGCGAUCGCCGGCGAGCAGGGGGCUGCGCUGGUCCCCGUCUUCGCCGGCACGCCGCCCCCGCAGGUGCUGCCCGUGCGCGCCCCUUGGUUCGCCACCCAGGAGCAGUGGAAGCUGCUGCUCGAUCAGGGGGCCUCGCCCGACAAGGUCGCCGCGGCCUGUGCUUCGGUCUUGACGACUUUCGGCGCUCACCACAAGGCGGUGGCCGAGCCCGAGAAUUGCGACGAGCUCUGGUAUGCGGACCCGGAUGCCGACAGGUGGGCCCAGCUGGCAGAGACCGGAGCUCAGCCCCCGCCGGAUGUGUCGAAGGGCAACCUGCGCCUCCAGGGCAGCUUUUCUGGCAAGGCCACCACGCACAGCCACCAGAUGGACGUGAACGUCGGCGUGGACUUCGAAAUGCCCUCGAAGGUGGCUGCGAAGACCAUGAAGCAGUUGUCGGACUCUG